AGCACCUGUGCCAAAUUGUGCCACUGUAUCUUGAAGACUGCAGCUAUGCCAGCACUUCUAACUCUGGGACUCUGCUGCUGCUUCCUUGUCUCAGGUGUUUGCCAUACUUAUGAGCCACAGAUCGACUGCAGUUAUUACAAGAGGCUCUCUGAGAAGGACGAUCCUAGAAGAUGCACCUUGGAGUAUUUUCCAGUAUGCGCUUCCAAUGGCCAAACAUAUACCAAUAAAUGUCUGUUCUGCAAUGCAGCCAUGUUAAGUCAAGGGAAGAUUAGUUUCAAGCAUUAUGGAACUUGCUGAGUAGUUUCUUCAUUUCCCCAAACCUGACUCCUCCGACUCUACUGCACCCCAUAUUCUCUUCAAAGUUCUGCCAAUCUACUGGUUUAAAUGAAGAUUGCUCAGUGAUAUAUUUGCUUAUGAAGAAUAUUUGCUUCUUCUGGAAGCAUUUGUAAUGACCUUCUAAGCUGAGUACUACAGAUAACGUGAAAUGAUUGAACAAUCACUUCCUAUCCGAAUUGAGUGAAAAUAAGUCCCCACGGGGUUCUGACAUUGAGUUGUCUUUUGUAAAAGGCUACAUCUGAAGAAGAUUCCCCAGUACAGCCACUUUGAUCACGUAUAGGCUAGGCAAGGAUGAGAAAAUAGAAUCAGACCACGUGCAAAUAGUUUCAGCACAACAGUGCCAUUAUCAGAUGAAGCUACCUUAUACUUCAUUAGACCAAAGUUCUCUCAAGAAUGCUGUUGUUUACUCAUACUGGCAGCGGAUCUCAGACAGAGGUCUUUCACAUCACCUUCUGCCCUGUUCUUUCAGCUAGAGAUGCCAGGAAUUGAACCUGCAUUCAAAGGCUCUUCCACUGAGCCACAGUUCCUCCCCAUUCAGUAUCUGAUGCUCAUUGUAUAUAGGUAGUUCCUCCCUUCCUCCUAUUUCCAAUGUGACUUAAGUCAUCUAUUUCAAUAAAAGAGAACUGUUGUCAUUAAAA